ACAUGCUUUUAUAUUAAAUCAUCAGAUGAUAUAUAUUUUUUAUUAACUAUAUAGAUACUCGAUGGUUCGUUGCAAGGAUUCUCUUCUAUAUAUAAAUGAUGGUAUCGUGUGAUUUUAGACAUUUAUAGCUAAACAUUUUGGAAUAAUACACACAAAGAAAAUUGUAAUCUGUUUAAAUGGAUAGGUUAUGUGUAUUUCUUUUCAGUGGAUUGAUCAUUUCAAUGUCUGAAUCAAGAACAAUCAUUGUUAUGCGGUCAACGUGCGGAGGAACUUACAGUGUACAGGAGGACGAUCAUUUAUAUUUCCAUUAUCUGGGCGUACCAUUGCCACCAGACUGUACGUUUAGGGUUUCUGCAAGUGUUUCAAAGAGAGUGUGCUCCGAGUCUGAAAAGUUUGAUGUGGAUUGUGGUACACGGUUAGAAUAUUACCAAACCGGGUACAGUUCCUCUUAUACACCGGAUAAAUGGUAUAGUUGUACAGACAAGCAGAGAAGUGAUUUCUGUGCGGAUACGUCAAAAACAUUACAUGUAGUGUUUAAAAACAACGCAACAAAUACAACUUCCAGUGAAAUAAAGCUGCAGUUGUCAAUUAAAGAAGAUGAAGGAGAAACCUUGGGUGACGCAGCUAAGUCUAUAGCAUAUGUUAUUAUUGGUGUUAUCAUAGCGGUUGUUGUAUUGGCAAUCCUGACUACAGCCUUCUGCGUUUUCAUAUUUUGCCGUCGUCGACGACGCCAGAGACAUGCGGGGUCUGUCUAUAGAGCCCCAUUGCCCACCGUAGCUACCACAAUAAUAUCUGGUAAUAAUAUUUAUACAUAUGUAUAAUAUUUGAGGUAUGUUUAGAAAUUUAGUUAA